AUGACGUCGACUGAAGAAGAUUGUUUUUUCAAUAUUGUAAGUUCCACAAUAACAGGAAAAAUAUAAAAAAAACUUGAUUUCAGAACUGCGAAUUUGAAACAAAAACGAACAAAUAUAAUGUCGAAAAACUAGUUGGAAAAGGUGGAUUUGGAGAAGUUUAUAAAAUUAGGAAUCAGAAUACUGGACAAUCAUUUGCUAUGAAAUUAGAAAAUAAAGGAGAAAGGAAGAGAACUGAAGCUCAGAAUGGAAUUGCGGAUAUUAAUUUUGAUGCACUCAUCAACGAAAAACAAUCAAAUUUUGAAAUUUGUGGAAAGAGGACACUUGGAAGGAGAUCGAUUCUUCAUUAUAAUGGAACUAGCUGGAAAAUCAAUUUCCGAAUUGAAAAACCGCUGCAACGAAAAGCGGUUCGAAGUAUCAGUUGGUUUAUCAAUUGCAAAACAAUGCUUAAGAGCGUGUCAAGCACUCCACAUGGCUGGUUUCAUUCAUCGCGAUGUUAAACCAUCCAAUUUUGUUUCUGGACUUGGCCAAAACAAAACAACAAUAUUCAUAAUUGAUUUCGGAAUCGCUCGUAACAUAAUAAAUGAUGAACAUCAAUUGAAACCUCCUCGUGGUUCUGUUCGAUUCAAGGGAACAGUCAAAUUUGCAUCAAUAUGUUGUCAGAUUUUCGACCCCCUGCUCUGGUGAAUUGAUACAAAUAAUGCGAUAUAUCGACAACCUGUGUUAUGAAGACAGUGUUAAUUAUGAAUCAAUUUAUGAAACACUUCGCAAAGCUUGUGAAAUUGUUGGAGGAAAUAUAGAUGAAUCAUAUCAUUGGGAAUGA